AUCCGUAUGUGAAGAUCCAGCUGCUGCAGGGGGGGAAGCGUCUGAAGAAAAAGAAGACAACUGUGAAGAAGAACACGCUCAACCCUUAUUACAACGAAUCCUUCAGCUUUGAAAUCCCACUGGAACAGAUGCAGAAAAUCUUGGUGGUCGUCACAGUGUUUGAUUACGACAAGAUCGGUAAGAACGACGCCAUCGGGAAGAUCUUUGUCGGCAGCAAGGCCACCGGCUUGGGUCUAAAGCACUGGUCAGACAUGCUGGCUAAUCCCCGYCGCCCCAUCGCCCAGUGGCACGUCCUGCAGCCGGAGGAGGAUAUUGACGGUCAGCUCGCAGCCUUGAAUGCAAAGAAAUAACGAGCUUUUUACCCACCAGCUAUUGCUUCUGCCCUGAAAACRAAUCCCACCCUCGAUCCCGUUUUGCAUGAAUCCCAUGACAACAAAUGACUCAUGAACCCUGCUCUGCAGAAAAAAAACACGUUAGAAUAUCUUCUCACUCAAACGGAAUCAAAGGAAACUCUUUUAAGCAUCAGUGUAUUCUGUAAAGAGGGCUGUAGUAUUUUGUGAACUGAUAAAUUUCUAUUUUUUUUUUUUUUGGGGUUUUUAAAUUCGAGAAAACUGAUUUACAGGGUGCUUAAACCGAAAGAAAUUCUUAGUGAAGACAGUACAAAAUAAAGAGCUUUAGUUUAGUUUAUAGAGCAUGCUUUGCUGAACUCCUCACUGCUCUUUGCACACCUCACCCCAGUAUUAUAGCUUGCUGUAAGUGUGCUAUAACCUGCAAUACAACGUGCUGAGCAAUGCGUUGGUUUACAUCUAUAACACGUAGCAGCUUUACCUUAAAAAGCGAAUCAGAUUUAAGUCGCUAAAUGUAGCAGUUAUUGUUGCAAACGUUUGUUUCCUCAGCAGUUUAGCGGGGCUGAUCUCUGUUGUCUUGUCUCACCACCAAGGCCUGUCUAUGUUCAUUACACGUCUUCUGUCAGAUUUAAUGUAGGGUUGGAAUAAAAGGGUGCCUUUUGGAAAUGACGCUGAAAUGUUUGCUUGGUUUCACUGUUCAGUCCAGAAACUGUUGGGGGAAACUGUAACUGUGCCAUUACAGUGAUGUUACAUCAGUUCAAUUCUAGACUUUUUUUCCUUUUUUGUCUGUUGUAGCUUGAAGGCUGUUUUAAGUUGUCUAACUGCAAAACAUGUUGCUUUUAUUCCAGCUGAUUUCAGUUUGUAUCGCUUACAUCGAGGUUAACCUCGUUUUAAAAAAAAUAUCAAAAUUCAAUAGAACGUCAUUGUAUCAGAGGUUUUGUGAUGAGCUGGAAUCUUCCCUAACAAAAUGAAUAAAUGAAUGGAAGAAAGACA